GUUGAGAGAUGAUGGAGGGCGGUCAUUGUGCUUAGGUUUGGGGAUGUGGUUGGAAAGCACUUCAUGAGCGCGCAUCGGAGCUCUCUUUAUGUGGAGGUUUGAGAUAACAGAAGAAGGCGGAGCAUUCUUCGUCGACUAGCAUGGCAUUGAUUUUGCGCUUGGACUUGAGAAUUUCGAAGACGCUGUAGGAAAGGAUUUAAGGGAUAUUAUUCUUAUUCUUAUAAUACUGCGGAGAUUGUUGGAGCUGUAUUGAGAUCAUAGUGAUUUUUGCAACGCAUUCUUCAUUCUGGUCGUCAUUUUCAAGGCGAGGAGUCCUACUCCUAUCCAAGUAGUCGUCGCUCAAGGAACGAUUUCUCGAGGUGACCAUGACCUAUGCCCAGUAUUCACUGUGACCUUGUUUUUUUGAAAGUGAUCUGAGAAAAAAUUCAUCAUUUUAUUCGUUUUUAUUUUUGGUUCUCAGGGCCCGUAUCGAUGCACAUGGGCUUGUGAAGCCUUUUGCACCAAAGCAAAUCGUCGUCUUUUCAGACCGCUUCACGUAUCUCUCUAUGUAGUUUAGCGACAACAAAAUUUAAUCCUAGGGGAUAAUUUGUGAGGACUUCGGAUGUUAGAAAUGGCGCAAGCACACCAGUUUCUCAAAAUCAUGUACCAUACACAAUCAACAUCAUGUCAGAAUACAUCCUCUCAAUCAAUGGUAUUGCUAUUACCUGUAAUAGAUGAAAACCAUGAGCAAUUUGUUACGUUAAGGGCACCAUCCUCUAGGUCUCUUGGGAGCUAUGAUACUGCCGGGUCAAUGAAGUAUCAUCGGUCUAAAGUGUUGCCAACUUCUCGAAUUUGCCGAGUGCCUGAGUCUCAGCUGCGUCGAGUAGACCAGUCUUGGAAACCUCAGAUUGGUAGAAAUAUACCCUGGAGCCUUGCUACUACAGGGCCGCAUGCGUUCAUGACAAAUAAUAGGAUGUCGAUUUCGUAUUCUGCAAGACAGAGAAAAGAUAGCACAGUGGUUCAUGCGCAAGCUGUUCAUCGCUCGAUCUCCUUCCUGCCGGGAGCUGGUCCACUUCGAGAUUUCCUAUUUGCAUUAAUUGGAGCAGUAUUUGCCUUUCUUUUUGCGGGAAUGUUAGCGAAGGUUUGGAGUUUGGAAGAACGCUACUUUAGGGCUACGUCUGUCGAGAGAGGAACUGCAAACAUGCCAGAGAUGGGCUCGAUCCAAGGUCAAAAGGAAUCCGUGGAAUGGGUGAACAUGGUGAUUCACAAAGUCUGGAAAGUGUACAGGCGGAGCCUCGAGGUAUGGUUGGUUCAGCUUCUGCAACCGGCUAUUGAUAAUUUGGGAAAGCCCAAUUGGGUAAAGAGGGUGAAAAUUGUAGAACUCAACUUAGAUUAUGAGCCAAUUAUUGUGCGCAAUGUACAGCGCCGUGCAUCCAGACGAGCGAACGAUUUGCAAUAUCACUUCGGGUUGCGAUACGCUGGCGGUGCGAGGUGUUUGCUUAACUUGAAACUUGGGCGGGCAGGCUUCGAGACCUCCAUUCCAGUUGGAGUGUAUGAGCUUGACGUGGAUGCAGAGCUUUGGGUGAAACUGCGAUUAGCUCCAGUGAGUCCAUACGUUGGGACUCUCUCUCUGGCUUUUGUGCGAUUGCCGACAAUCAAACUUGUCUUGGCCCCCUUUAGAGUUGUUAACCUCUUUUCCAUCCCAUUUUUAAACAAUUUUCUCUCGAAGCUGUUGACAGUGGAUCUUCCUCGCCUACUGGUUCUUCCACGACACAUUACCUUCGACUUCUUGCCCCAAGGUCAGAAUGUCAUGGAUUCCAUGAAGGCAAUGGAAGAAUCUAUGGAUGAGUCGAUUGCAUCAGGCGUUCUGGACCUGCUGAAAACUACGUCUACCGAGCCGGCUGUUCCACAGGACGACCCGAGCGAGGUCUUUGUUGGGGAGCUCUCUGUCACCAUCUGUGACGCUCGUGGCCUUCCUAUCCGUGGAUUUACAGGUUGGAGUAAUCCUUAUUGUAUUCUCUCACUGGGAGACCAAGUUUUAGAAAGCAAGAGAAAUAAAGAAACCUCACACCCAUCUGGUCCCAAGGACCCAGUUUGGAAUCAAGAUUUCCUGUUAUUGGUCGAGGAUCCUAGGAGACAGAGGCUGAUGCUUCGUGUUCGGGACAGCGCAAUGACCUUAAACCCCAACAUAGGCUAUUGUGAGAUAAAUCUGGCAGAGCUCAGGGAUUGCGUGCCACGCACCAUGUGGUUGAACUUGAAGCGAGAUGGUCUGUUUGGGCUCAAAAAGGUGCCUGGAAGGGUUCGAUUAGCUCUCACGUACAAAUCCUAUGUUGACGAGGAAGAGGAGGACAGUGACGAAAAUGAGGGCUCCUUCUCUCCAUACAUCAAGGUUUACGGUGAUUCAGGGGCCGAAACUGUAGAAGACAUUGGUGUGAGCCUUGGUGAAGAGAUAGCUGCGAGUAUAGAGGCCAAAGCGAAAAAUGGAGAGUUUGAAAGUGAUGACGAAGCAGAAAUAGUUCGGACGCGAAGGAAGGAUUCCAGUGUUGAGAUCAACAGUAGUCCAAAGGCCCAUGGUAAUGGACAUGGUAGAGUUUCAGGAUCGAAUAGGAAUGCAGAUAGGGUUAGGCGAGAAACCGGAGCUGCGCGGACUAGAGACCAGUCAGAAUCCCAUUCAAUACGCUAUUCGAAUAAAGAUGCUAGUGAAAAUACAUUCAGGGGCUUUGGUAACAACGGAGAUGUUCGCGUGCCUGUGAGGGUAGAUGGCAGUGAUAGUGGAGAGCACACAGGCGUAUCUGGAAAUGCCAUAGUUGGUGUGUGGGACAGAGAAAUGGAGAUGUUGGCAACAAGGUCCUCUAAAGCUCAGGAAGGCUCGGUGGGGCAUGCGUCUCGAACUCAGAGUAGGAGAUCAAGCUUUUAUUCAGAAGCCAGUGGAACUCCUGUAGUCGAACAUGGGGCCACUUCUCCCUUAUCCAGGAGUUCUGAUCCGAAGGAAGAGAACCCUAGAUUUGAAAAGGAGACAGGAGAAUUAGGUUCAAAAGAUGACCCAUCUAGUGACUUGUCAAAAACCGAGGGUAACAAAUUACUCUGGUUGUGUAUGUUUACAACUGUUGCUUACAUUAUUGGGUGUAGCUUACAUAUAUCAAAUCCAUUACAUCCAUGAAAUUAUAUUAUGGAUGGAAAAUUUUAGACACAA